AUGGUGCGAUUGAGUAAAGGGAGUGCUGCCCGUCCGCACAGGUCUGUCUUUCACCUAUUCGUGCUGGGCAGUGCCAACGUGGAUGAGGCUCUGGGAGGGUACCUCACCAAGUACGACUGCAUCAGCGCUGACAUCAGUCCCAUUGGCGGCAUUUGCAAGACGGACCUCCCUCGCUUGCUGCGUUACGGCAGUCCACCUUGA